AUGGUGCUCUUCGAUGAGGAUCCGGUGGACGUAUGCACGGCAGCUACAAGAGACGAUACAACAUUGCGGCCACUGACCAAGUCAUAGUUGAUGUCCGAAGCGACCAACAAAUUCCACAUCGCGCCCGACAAAGACAGCCUAACACGCGUUUCCGGCUCUCUGCACGCCCUCGCAAGCGCUCGGCAAUCGCGGAUCGAUCACCAAUCGGCAAUCCUGAGCAGCUUGAGCAGACGUCUCAAUAUUCUCAAGGGCCAAUACGACUAUGAAGAAGAACGACACGACGCGGGAAGGCAUGCAGCGGAGAUGCUCAAGAUGGACACGGAGAAGUUUCGGAUCGCGAAGGGGGUGAAUGAUGCGGAGAUUGAGAGCGAGCGGUUGAGUGGCGAGUUGGCGGCGUUGAAGCAGCAACUGGAGACACUGGAGAAGGAGGGUGUGGAGGGGGGUGCGAGGAGAGGCAGUGAAGGGAGGGAAGAUGAGCUCAUGCACGUUGCUUGCCUGUUGACGACACUUUGGUCGACCGUCUGCUAAUUGUCUCGCACAGAUUGAAGCUGAACUUCUAUCGCUCGCUGGGCAUCGAUGCCCAGCAAGACUGGAAUACCGGAGAGUACACACGGGCGAUCAUUCGCAAUACCGCUCGAGGCGACGUCAAUGUGCUGGAUGUGGACGGCAAGCAAACGCAGGGCGCGUUGGCAAAUCAGGUCUGGGAGAGCCUCUAG